CAUCGUAAUAAAGUUGAAAUAUUCGCUUCAAUUUCUCAAACCUCUAAAUAUAAGAACAAGAAAACAAUUAGAACAAUAAAUCUUCCGCUUUGCCUUCUCGACAAUAAGUUUCCUCGUUCAUCACCAGGGGGUCAAGUAGAGAAAUAUUACGUCAAACGUACAGAACGUACAGAACUUAACAUGGCAGAGAGCAGGUGGGAAGACUUUUAUCGCCUUAAUCCUUCGCCCGAUGAAUUACCUUUAAUUAAGUCAAAAAUAUGCGCAUUUUGCAAGAUACAUUCAUCAGAAAAACGAAAAAUUGCCCUAAUAACCAGUGGUGGGACAAUGGUGCCCUUAGAACAUAAUACAGUUCGUUUUGUAGAUAAUUUCAGUGCAGGUAAUCGAGGUUCUGCAUCAGCAGAAUAUUUCUUAAAAUCUGGUUAUGCAAUAAUAUUUCUCUAUCGAAGAAAAUCACUUCAACCAUUUGCUCGGCAUUUUCCAGCCAAUUCAAUGUUAGAAAUUCUUCAUGAAGUUGAAGAUGAUGAAGGAAACUUUCAUAUUGAAGUAAUUUCUGAAAAAGUUCAAGAAUUAUUGCCAGUUUUACAAAAUUAUCAUUCAGCUAUUCAUUCUUCAAAGCUUUUAAUGAUUACAUUCACUACUCUCUCUGAAUCAUUAGUGCAGAGUCAGCCAAAAUUACAGUGUCAUCAACAUACAUUAGUGCAUGUAUCUCAACUUGAUCAAAGAGAGAAAUCCCAGUCUACUCAUAAAAUACAUUCUGCUGAUGGUCCACUUAAUCUUGAGCUUCAUUUAGUACCAAAAGUACUACAGCCUUUGGUAUGUCAUUGGGUUCCAGAAGCAUACAUUGUUUCUUUUAAGCUGGAAACAGAUGAAUCACUUCUGUUAGAAAAAGCAAAUCAUGCUCUUGAGAGAUACGGACAUAAGUUGGUUGUAGCCAAUGCACUCCAUAAUCGAACAAAGAAAGUAAUAUUAGUAACAAAGGAUGACCAUUCUAUUAUUGAAUUAAAACAAGAAGAAAUAGAAAAUGGCUGUGAAAUAGAAGAAAAACUGGUAUCAGAUAUUGUUAGUCGACAUAAUUUGUAUUUAGCUCAAUAACUAUAACUAAUCUUUGAAAUUUGUAAUUUAUAUCUUAAUUUUUAUACAGUUAUAAUUGCAACAAUAUAGUGCCUUGCAAAUUCUAAUAAGUGAAUUAAAAUUUUAUGGAAAUAAUCA